ACUGUCGCAAUCGUGUAGAAGCGCGACAUUUUCUAUAACAACAGUGAGUGUUUUACGGCACCUGCCCUAGUUGCGCUUGUGGUAGAGGAAGGUGGACGUUAUGAGAGUUUGCUUUGGGGACUCUUUCUUUAGCAAGUAACUGCUGCUGUCAUUCGGGUUGCCUUGAGGAUGGAUCCAGUGGUUCUGAGCUACCAGGACAGUCUCCUGCGGCGCUCAGAUGUGGCACUUUUAAAUGGACCCCACUGGCUCAACGAUCAGGUCAUAGGUUUUGCCUUUGAGUACUUUGCGACAGAACGCUUCAAAAGUUUGGGCGAGAAGGUCUGCUUCAUCAGCCCUGAAGUCGCUCAGUUUAUAAAGUACGCCUCAUGUCAAGAGGAACUCUCCAUUUUCCUGGAGCCGCUGAGUCUUGCAUCUCGUCGGUGGGUUUUUUUGGCUGUCAAUGACAACUCUAAUCAAACAGCCGGUGGCUCCCAUUGGAGCCUGCUUCUCUAUCGGCGAGACACCAACCAGUUCUCCCACUACGACUCCCAGAGUGGAAGCAACUCAUUGCAUGCCCGGCGUAUUGCAGCUAAGUUGGAGGCUUUUCUAGGCACUGGAGCGAAAGUGCCCUUUGUGGAGGAGCAAAGCCCCUCGCAGCAGAACAGCUAUGACUGCGGAAUGUAUGUGAUCUGUAAUGCUGAGGCUCUAUGUGAGAGUGCUAGAGUCGAGGGCUGUCCCCACCUGCCCGCUCAGAUCAUAACACCCACCUACAUUACACGGAAACGGACAGAAUGGUAUUCGCUAAUACAGAGACUCGCCAAGGAAUGACUAGCUGACCUUUUACAUCAUGCACCGCAUGAACUGUAUUAGCCAAUGGUCAAAGUGAACACACUUAUUUAUCAUACUCAAUCCUGCACAAAGGAUGCACAAAAUAAACUGCAUUUGAAAACAGCAUGCACUUCUGAAAAAAUUGUUUGCCAAACUCUUAAAUGAAUAGUUCACCCAAAAAUAAAAAUUCCAUCAUCACUUUACUCGCCUCGUUCCAAACCCAAAAUGAGAAGUGAGAUGCAGAAUCUUCACAUCGCUUUUUUCCAUACAAUAAAAGUGAAUUUGGACUGCUCUGUCAAGCUCCAAUAAUUACAAAAUAGCACCAUUAAAGGGAUAGUUCAACCAAAGAUAAAAAAUUUGCUGAAAAUGUAUUCACCCUUAGGCCAUCAGAUGAAUUUGUGUCUUCAUCGGAACUGAUUUGAAAAAAAUUAACAUUACAUCACUUGAUCACCAAUGGAUCCUCUGCAGUGAAUGGGUGCCAUCAGAUUGAAAGUCCAAACAGCUGAUUAAAUAAUCACAAUAAUCCACAAGUAUCCAACAUGACUCCAGUCCAUCAAAUAAUGUCUUGUGACGUAAAAAGCUCCAUAUUUGUGAGAAGCAAAUACAUCAUUAAGGCUUUUAAACUUCAAACCUUCUGGCCAAAAUACCAGUCCAUUAUCAAUGAUAAAACUUCCUCCAGUGAGAAAGUCCAUGCCCUGUUGUCCUCUCACAUCAAAAUCCACUGAUGUAUUUGUUUAGAACUGUUGUUGGACUGUUUCAGAUGAGACAUUGGCGAAAGCUGCAUUAUGGAUAGAGGACUUGUAUUUUAGCUGGAAGCAACGGUUAAGUUAAAAGCAUCAUGGUGGAUUUACUUCUUACAAACUCAGAGCUUUUUGUUUCACAAGACCUUAAUUGAUGGAUUGAAGUUGUGCGAAUUACUUCUGGAUUAUUGUGAUGUUUUUAUCAGCUGUUUGGACUCUCAUUCUAACGGCACCCAUUUACUGCAGAGGAUCCAUUGGUGAGCAAGUGAUGUAAAUUACUCCAAAUCCGUUCCAAUGAAGAAACAAAUUCAUCUACAUUUUGGAUGGCUUGAGGGUGAGCAAAUUUUCAGUUUUUGAGUAAACCAUUCCUUUGAAUUAUCAAAAAAGUAGUGAAUCGUGCACUAUAUUCACUAUAUAUUUAUAUUCGCUAUAUACACUAUAUAUUUACAUAUGGCAUGAGAGAACACAUCAUGACAGAUUUGAUGUCAUUGUUGCCAAUCUUGACUGAUUAUUAUGGUGUUCAUCAUAACCAAUGGUUAUGAAUGGAAGGGAAGAUUUUCACUGAAUUCUUCUUUUCCUCACACAGAUCUAUCUUAUGACUUAAAAAGACUUGAAAUAUAUUGCACAAGUCGUAUAAACUACAUCUAUAAUGCCUGCAUAAAUUUGUUGAUCAUAUUUUGAACUUGGCAGCCUCAGUCCUCAUUCACUUGCAUUGUAUGAAAAUGAGCUGUGUCAACAUUCUGCAAAACAUCUUCCAUUUAAGGAAAUAAAGUCAACGGUGAGUAAAUGACGAUUGAUUGUUUCAUUUUUGGAUCUGCUGUUCCUUUUAAGAAUACAUCUGUGAUCUUUCGUUUCUUCAAAACAGAGAAGGAACUUGUGAUCAGUGCAACAAAUCAGUUAGCAGCACAGAUUGGUACAGUAGAUUCAGAAUGUAUUGUUGCUGAUUAGUUUAGAUUAGUAGCAUGACGUGUGUAAAUGAAUGUGAUGCUUGUUUACAGGAACUUUUGCUCAGGGCUUAUUUUGAGAAAAGUACAGAUGACAACGAAUGUGAUCUGUGUUAUUACUGUCUGAGGAAAAUGUAGUAUGUGCUGUUACAACACACGGGCUGAACAAAAAUACAGUAAAGUAGUUUUUAUUUAAAUAAGUGCAUCCUCUUGCUGAGCUGAAAAGAUGCUUCGUAACCUCACACCAGCAAAUGCAUGAUUGUGGGACAGUAUAUUCUUCAGCUGUAUAUACCAGUUUUCUUACAACUGAAUGAAACCGAUAAGAAUGAGCACAUUAUAUAUCAUCCCAAUAAAAAAAAAAAAACUGCAUGCAGGGAACACACGUGUCUAUUGCAGUGCAGUUCACUUUAAUAUACAAGCAGAACUGACCUCAAUUAAACCAUCAUGACUCGGUUGUGUGUUCUAGGGAGGCAUUUCAUCACAAUUUCCUAAAUUUUCAUAUCUUAUUUUCUCUGUCAUAUGUUUUAUUAAUAAUGUAGUUGUGUUGUUUCAUUGGUCUCUUUUUUUUUUUAUUAUUGAAAUAUAUAUUUGCAUAAAAGAUGAUUGUGCUGAUCUAAAGCAAGACCAGACUGUGUUAGGAUACAUAUAGCAACUUGGAAAAGUAUUUAAAUAAUAAAUUAGAAUUAUCUAAUGUUACUGAAUGUUCUACAUUUUUAAUGACUAAAUCAUUUAUUAAAUUGUUUUAAUGUGACAUUAAGAAAAAUAAUAAGGAAAAUAAAAAAUGGGGCUAAGUGGAGACAAAGUUAAGUUGUCAUUCUGUUUACUCAAGUAAAUAUUAACAUAAACCAGUUUCACAUAAAUCCAUUAAAUUCAGCAUUACAGAAAAGCUUUUGAACAUU